UUAAGCACAGAUUGAAAAUCAACAAGACUAUUAAAAAUAAACAAGAAUGAGUAGAAGAAAAAGACGACACAGCAGGAGAAAAAGCUCCAGCAGCACCAAAUGGAGCCACUCUACGUUUGCGUUUCAAUGCCACAAUAACGAUGCCAUUAAUAAAACCUCUGAAUAUGAAAAUGACACCAAUUCAUCUGAAAAAGGCACUGCAGACAUAUCACACAGAGAAGACCCUCUAAAGUCUAAUGAAAUUGGAAAGAAUGAGCAUCCCUUUCAUAAUGGAAGUAAAAGAAGCAGUCAAGACACAAUUGAAUCCGAAUGCCGGACCAGGAACAAAGAUAAAAACCCACCGCCUGCCGACAGAAGUGACAAAGGAAUGAACAUCACCGCAACCAUGAAUAUAAAUGAUCAAGAAAUGUCAGCUCUAGGAAAAAUAAUAGUCAGGCACUAUCAGCAGCACACAGAUAAUGAACCAGUAGAGAUGACAAUUUCAGUUAAUGCACCUAUAGUCAAAUGUUCGGUUUCUGGCAUGAAAGUAGAAAUCAAGGGGCUACAGAAUGUGAGUGACCCAACUAUCCAAGCUACAUUUACAUUCAAAACCCAGGAAGGUGUAAGAAAAGAGACUUUUUAUCCCUUAUACAAAAAAUGGGAUCAACCAUCCUUCCCUGACAAUGAAAACCCAGAAAAUCAUAACUUGUUAAACAUAAAUAGGCAAUCUGCCGACUUAAACCAGAGACAUAAAGGACAGAAGAGACAUUUCUUCCAGUCAGGUGGUAAUAACAUUCAUGAAAAAUGCAAAGAACAUUGUGAAAUGUUGAGUAAGUUUGAAGAGGACAAAGACUGUUACAAAAGCUGCUGUGAAGACUUAACAAAAGAUGAAGCAUGCAAUGUUUGUAACCAAAGACUAAGGCGACGCUACAGCGAUGUCGAUUACCCUGUCACUGAUGUGUCUGAUAGUUUCUCCUCAUUAUCACAGUCCAAUAUGCAGGUGACCAAUGUGUUACGGGAAAGCACAAUGCAUAUUGAUUUGGGUGACAUUCCACCUCCAGAUGAUUUUGCUGAUAAAUGUGUACAAAAUGUCACUCGUGAGAUAAGCAUGUGUCAAAUUAAAGAUGACAAGAGUACUGAAAAUGUGUACGAACCAGCGCUUUCUGACAGCAGGAUGCACUUUACUGAAACUAGACGGUAUUCAUCUUUGCAAAGUGAAAUUAAUAGUACCGCAAUGAGCAUCACUGAAUAUUCAUCAGAAUGUGAUUUUUAUGAUCCAAUACUUAUGGACCAUAAAGUUCCAGUUAGCAGAAAAAAUUUCACAAAAGAUUUUAUAAGCAAGCACAAUGGCAGGACCCGACUACGCAAUAACAGUAUAGUAACGAUGGAAACCAUAUCUAAUCCCGCCUUAUAUUUAGAGAAAAGAAGUCAAAGAAGACAAACAUUUCCUAACUCCGCAGACAUUCCUUCAAAAAUUAGCAGGGAACUCCUACCUUAUAGAGAAUCUUUUUCAUCUGACACUGUUCCUUCUUUUUUUUUAAAGAUCCCUUCAAGUGAUCCAAAGGAAGACUAUAAUGAGGAGCAGUGUGAGUGUAUGUGUAAUGCUUUAGAGAAUUGCACUGAGCAUGAUCCCUUUGCAAACACUCUGGUUGAAAGCAAUCAUGCCUUCUGCACUUCACAAUCAGUGGACAACACCAACAAUGCACAAUGUGAUGAAGCCUGUAAAGCAAAUGAAUCAUUUAACAUAACAUUAAGCUCACAGAAUGAUGGAGAUGUGACAGUAGUUAAUGAAUCUUCUUGUCCAGAAAGCCAUCAACUUGAGUGUUUGCAACAUCUUGAGUUUAUGGAGAGUGGGUUUGAUGAGCACAUCCUAAAUGAUGAAGAUGCCAAUGAGAUAUCCUUGGAAAGGAGCAUCACAAACACAGAUUGGCAUGGUCAGAUUUCACCUUCGUCAGCUUUCCAUAAUCAUUUUGAUGAGAAAGUCCAUAGCAGUUCUUCAUUAUCUGAACAGCUAAACGGACAUGAGCAAUCUGAACAAAAUGCUCACAUACAUGUCCAUGAGACCACCACCCCUGAUCCAUGCAUACCAAAUAGAAGAAGCUCUGUGGUAACAGUUAUUGUUGGAGACUUAGAGCAGAGAAUAUUAUUUCAAAAUGACAGCUUUACAAGAAUUUAUGACGCACAUCCAUUGUCAUCGAUAUUAAAUGUAGUUGAAACAGAAGAGCCAAGUCAAGAAGAAGAAUCCUUCAAUGCAGCCCCUCCUUCUCAUGACACUUGCACUUUCACUGGGAAGAAGAAUGAGAACCACGAUCUUCAAGAAAUCCAGCAGAAAAUUGUUGUGAGUGCUUGCAAUAAAAACAAUGAAGAAGAGCAAAUUAGUGAAAAUACUGAAGAGCUGGAGAAGAUUAUUUUGGAAAGUGACAGAAAAGAAAAUGAUGACACACCUUCAGUAGAAAAUUCAGCAAGUAAUCAGGUAACAAAAACUGAGUGUGCUGACAAUGAAACCUAUUGUCCCAUCUCGGAUCCACUGUUUCAAGGGAAGGAUGAAGUUGACUUUCUACUUCAGAAUGUGGUUGGACAGGAAUAUGACACAAGAUGUAAGUCUUAUUUAGCACAGAUUUUUUGA